UAUAGCAGAAGAAGAAGACGGAGAAGGAGAAGAAGAAAUGGAGAAAUUGUUGAGUUGUGGGGUAAGUCAUCUGUUCGUGACGCUGUUUCUGGCGACGGCGGCCGGAGUAAUGGUGAUGCCGGCGAUCACCGACGUGACUAUGGCGGCGCUCUGCCCCGGCCGCGAUGAGUGCUCCCUCGCCAUCUAUCUCAGCGGCUUCCAACAGGCGUUAACGGGAUUGGGAGCAGUAGUGAUAACGCCACUAGUAGGGAAUCUGUCUGACAUGUACGGAAGGAAGGCGAUGCUAACGUUACCGAUGACAGUCUCCAUUAUCCCACUCGCGAUUUUGGCGUACAGCAGGGAGAGGAACUUCUUCUAUGCAUAUUACGUUGUGAGGACUCUCACGGCCAUGGUCUCCGAGGGCACUGCCAGUUGCCUCGCUCUCGCUUAUCUGGCAGACAACACUUCACAGGCAAAACGAGCGUCGGCAUUUGGUUUGCUUACUGGAGUAUGCUCUGCUGCUUAUGUAUGCGGAACUUUAGCAUCUCGCUUACUCGCCACGGACUACAUUUUUCCGAUUGCUGCAAUUUCCUCUAUGGUCGCAAUUGUAUACAUGAGAAUCUUUCUCGAGGAUCGUUUGCCAGGUGGAAGUGAUUUAGUACAGCCAAUGUUGAAGGAAGAAGUACCAGAAUUGACCGACCGUGAAGACGAUGGUGGUGAAUUUCCGAGACCGACGUCGGCUUUCAGAAAGAUGCCCACUCUGAAUGAGGUUAUUCACUUAAUCACGAGCAGUACGCUACUCUCACAAGCCGCAGUUGUUGUAUUCUUCACCGGCCUCGGUGAGGGAGGAUUGCAAGCCUCGAUAUUGUACUAUUUGAAAGCUCGAUUUCACUUCGAUAAGAACCAGUUCGCAGAUUUGAUGCUAGUUUCUGGGGCUGCAGGAGCGGUAUCGCAGCUUGCUUUGAUGCCCUUGUUGGCUCCUGUUCUAUCAGAAGCCAAGUUACUUUCAAUAGGGCUUUUGGUGGGCUGCAUCGGUAUGAUCAUUAACAGCAUUGCCUGGGCAAUUUGGGUUCCUUAUGCUGCAACUAUAUUCUCUGUUUUCUCUGUUUUCGUGAAUCCAAGUCUACGCAGCAUUGUAUCAAAACAAGUCGGUCAACAUGAGCAGGGAAAGGUUCAAGGAUGCCUUUCAGGGUUAAGCUCUCUCGCCCAAAUUGCAGCUCCCAUCAUCUUCAGUCCUCUCACAGCUUUAUUCUUGUCUGACCAUCCACCCUUCAACUACCCCGGCUUCAGCCUAUUGUGUAUUGCCAUCACUUCAAUGAUUGCUUUAGUUCUAAGUCUCAUGAUGAUGGCGUCCCCAAGUAGUUCGAGUCAACAAGCCAGUAGCAGCGUCCGCACAGAAGCGUAGCCGUUGUAAUCUGAGAACUUGAUUUAUUUUUUCAGCCUCAGUAGGAAGUAGAUUUUCCAGAACAUGGCUGAAGAGUUUAUUGCAAUCAGCUAGCCAAAAAGGAUGCAACGUCUUGGAUUUUGCUGGUGUGUUGUCCAACUCUAGUAAUUUUGCA